AUGGGGACGGGCGCGGCCCGGCAGGCGCAGGCCCGGGCCCAGGCCCGGAGAGAUACAGAAAAACAAAAUCGAGCCUUCUCCUCCGCAAAGAAAAAGCAGCACUCGAUGUUGAUUCAGAAGAACUGCUUAGUAAAGAAUCUGAAGAGGUUUCAGAAGCAGUUAGAAGCAGGAAAGCUUGAGGCAACAAAACGUGCCUUUAUUCCAAAGAUCUUCAAAAUGCCUUCAGAGCACUAUUUGUUUGUGGAAGAAUUUUGCAAGAAUCCUGGCAUCACUUACAUCCCACUGAAGGCCUGGUUGUAGAGAGGUGGAUUUUCUCACUUUUCUAAUACACGAUUUACUCUGAAUAGCAGAGAUGAUCACUGUAUCCUACCGGUCUGUGUGUGCCAUAAAGAAGGGAUUCGGCUGUCCUGUCGCUGUUGCUGUCACCUUGUUUCUCUCCUGUCUUUUUUCGUUGGAAAACUGGAGUCACCGGAUCACUGGAAAUGUCAGUUUGACAAAUCAGCUAGGACCGAAGCUGAAACAUCAGUCCUGGUUUUGUUAGUGGUUGGACGUUGGCAGCCUUUCUUCUUCCUCAGCUUCACAGAACAUGUUCGUCUCACAAAUGUGGCAGUGCAAAAGACCACAUGUGAUUAUGAUCCCGGGAAGGGCUGCAAGGGGGUGAUUCAGCAGCUCGGACAGCACUCGACCGCCCAGCGUUGGGCAGGGUCAGUGGAAGUUCUCUUUGUGGAUACGGACGAUGCUUUCAUCCACAGCCUCCAGAGCGUUCAGAAGGCGAUUAUCAGAGACAAACAGUGUUUUGAGCUCUAUGGGUACGACAUCCUGAUCCAUGAGGACCUGAAACCAUAAGGCUGCCUUCUGGAGGUGAAUGCUUCACCUUCCCUCGCUGCCAGUAGCCAGGAAGACUGUGAACUCAAGUGUCAUCUACUUGAAGACGCACUUCAUAUUGUGGACAGGGAGGGCAGGCUGACGGGGAAGGAGAAGCGUGUUGGAGGCUUUGACCUGAUAUGGAAUGACGGGCCUGUCAGCGGGGGGGGAAGACUGGGUACUCCGGUGAAUGAGAACGUCAUGCAAGAGGAGAGCACACACCUUUCACUUGAGAGUAAGAGAACAAGAGCGGGCUUGUGGGCUUUUACGGGAUUAAGAGACCAAAAGCAGCAAAUGCUUUCCAAAAGUGGAUGCUGCUACGAUGACAGGAGGAAACAACUGAAGCAGCUUUUCAGGAACCUUCCUGCACAGCAGAAAGUGUAAUGUGACCCCAGGCUUGGGAUGGGCGAGAUCACCAUGGGUGAAGUUCACUCUCUUUUCCUCGUAUCGGGCAGCAGCAGUUCCCACUUCUCUGCACACUGCUGGCUCAGCACAAGCCGCUGGCCUUCUUGCUUCUGAAGCUUUCCCAGCUUGGAAGCUGCAAUAAGCUCAAACAAAGUAUUUCGUAAUGGCUGACACAAGACACAAGGGAUGCUGGCUUCUCGGCUGUCCAUCUGCACUCGCAUGGCUUAGUUCUGUACCGUGUAAGAAAAUAAAGGGGCUAAACACAUUCUGCACAGCAAAACAAAGCUUUUAGGGAAGGCAGGCACCUGAUCCUCCUACUGCUACUACUAUGGAAACAUGUCAGAGCAGAAAACCUGUUGCCAUGAUACUGUAAAAAUAACCUCGCCAUCACGUUACGGAGAUGCUGACUGGCCGUACUACACAGGUUAUGUAAGAGUGCGGCUCUAACGCAGGGACUUGGCGCUCUGUACUGCCGCUCGCCUCCAGAAGAGAUGCAAUUUUCUGAAAAAAGCUACAGGCAAGAUAGUUCAGGUAAUAAGUCCAUGUUAUUUUUAAUCUGUGCAUCUGAAACUUAAGGCUGAAGUGGACAGCCUCGCUUCUUGCAGUUGUACGUGUGGGGUACAUGGCGUUAGCUACAGAAUUUUACAACUUAAAUCAAGCAAUGGUAGUUGGCUUUUUAGAUUUAAAGAAAUCCCAUCUCAGUUUUAAGGAGUCCGAAACAGGGUAUUUUCAGAACGCCGCAUCAUUUGAAGAGCGGUUGGAACCGGACAAGGCGGUGCCGGGUUGCCUGGAGGAGGCACCUCUGACCUGUUCGGCUGGAAGGCGGUCAGGGAGCCAGGAAAAUGGCGGUGCUGCGGUUGAAGUUCUGCGUGGCUGUGCAGAAGCUGCAGCAGGGAAGAGAGCGAGGGAUCGGGCCCAGCUCUGUGUUACGCGUGCGAGGUUUGACAGAAUGGUUGAACUACCUCGAGAGCCAGAGAAACAAGGACAACUGCCGUGUUCCAACAUUUUUAAAUGCUAUCCAGAAGUAUCUUUACAGAAGUUGAAAAAAGAAAGGGCUUGGCAGGACCCAGACACUUUCCUGUAUACAGAGAAAAAUCAAACUCAUUGUAGUCCCUUACUAAUUAUGAUUACUUUUUUUUAAAACUUCUUAUGGUCUUAACCAAGUUGUGCUGGGGUAGCACGUUCAGACUAAGGAGGGUAGUGUAGAAGACAAUAAAUGUUAAAACCUUUGAAGAAACCA